CUUGACAGUAUCGUUCCCAAAUGAAACGCAAAAAGAUCAAAAUAUUUUCGUCCGAGGUUUUUGCAUUUAUAUUAACGUGAAAAUGGAUUUAUAGUUUGUGCGCAAGCAACAAAACACCGCACUUAGGUGCCCAAACACAACAAUUAAAAUGGAAUCGUAUACACUAAAACGUGCCACCAUGGCAUCCUCACAACAACAAGAACACCAAGCUCUACAGCAACAACAACAAUCAUUGACAUCAGUUGGACCGGAUUUCAUCUAUUCAAUAUAUUGUAUACUAAGUUUAAUUUCUGCUUCUGAAUAUGGACACAAACACAUCAAUUCUUCUGACCAUGGAAAGCUUGGAUUUGCCCAGAGAUUUGUACUGGGAUCUCAAGCAGGAGACUCCCUCCCCACGAUCUGCGGUGGCCAGCGAGUUGUUUGCUCUCAAUGAGACAACAACUAGUAUCACCGACUGGAUCUAUGACGAUAACUUUGCAAAUGGCAUUACUCUGAUUGGCGAUGUUGAAGGUAAGGACCCAACGGAUAGUGACUCGGCGGAAAUCUUAAGGGACGAGGAUUUUGUUGUGGAGUUUCUUGAUCUGAAGAACGGAGAGUGCCUUUUGGACCAAAAGGAUGCAGUGCACUACAUCGAAUAUCAACCUAAUCAAUAUCAGGCUCUUAUUGACGUAGUGUCCCAACCAAUUAUACCCACAACUAAAAUAGAAGUCUCAGCGCCGACCACUCCAGCACCAUCGGCUGUAGUUUUCCCCCAACAAUGCGAAGACUCCUCCGUAAUAUUGCAGCAAUUGACGCCGCCACAAUCGCCUCCCCAAUUCGAUGCCUAUCAACAUCAACAACAGCCGCCGCUCGUUAAGGCCGAGCAAAAAGUGUUACCUUAUGCCUCUGAUGCUACCAACUCAUCGACUUCAGCUGCUGCCAACAACUUCCAGUUCAACAACUGGACGGCGGGCAGUGAAAUCGAUCGAGAGAGCCAACUGGUCGACGACAUUGUGAAACUUCGCGCCCAGGAACUGCAGUGGCAACAAAUCAACGAUGACUGCGAGUCACAAGCGUCCUCAUCGUUGGAUUGCAGCAGCAACAACAGUAGCAUAGAUGAGGAAUGGCUCCCAGAACAGAACAGCAGUGCUCAAUCGUCACCAGCUCACAGCGCUGGCGAGGAGUUGUUCCAACACCAAGAUGGGGACUUCGAAUUGGAGACGGACGUGCAAAUUAAGACACCCAAAAAGCGGACUCGAGCCUAUGGCCGUGGCGUGGAGGAUCGCAAGAUCCGGAAAAAGGAGCAAAACAAAAAUGCCGCCACACGCUAUCGUCAAAAAAAGAAAAUGGAAAUGGAGAAUGUUUUGGGUGAGGAGCAGAUCUUGGCCCAGGAGAACGAGGCUCUUCGUCGUACUUUGGCUGAUCGUCGCCAUGAGCUCCGCUACUUGCGUCAACUAAUCCGUGAAUUUUAUCAGGGUCGCAAGCACUAAACAUAAGAAACACUUUUCAAGUUUCAAUGCCUUUUGCAAAAAUAUCGUUAUCAUAGUAAGAAGUACAAUCCAAGCCCCUUCCCUCGUAACUACCACAGAACAUCGUAAUCCUCCCACAUGAAAUAAUACAGUCCUCUUUUUUUUAUCAACUUGCUUGGACACUGUCACCUAUAGUAAUUGUAACAGCAGUACGUCUUGACCCGCACUUUUGGCGCUUAUGAAAAGCUGCAAAGCUUCGAACCCUUUCGCCAGUGUGGGCCAAUGACAAAAAAAAAACACCUUUUAAAGCAGCACUGGCCAGUGGGUCAUACCUUAUCCAUGACACCCAUAACUUGCAACAUAAAAAGAUUUACGAAAACCUUUUUGUUUCAAUCCUCCAAAUAAGUUAGAAAGCAAUACCCAGUGCUCCAUCUGCUGCAAUUGAACGUUUCCAGGCAAUGUUUUUAUUAUUCUUUCUUAAGCAAUAAGCAUCGUAAUACAAAAGUUUGAUUUUAUUAUAUAUCAGCAAUAAAUCAAAAGGGUUUUCAAAAAA